AUGUCGCAGCGCGAUUUUUCUGAGGUGGAGCCCACCGGCUCAGCGUCUCUAGGGGCAGCAUCCAGAGCCCUCUUCGUGGAGAAAGUGCGCGCGUCUAACGCGGCAUGCCAGGCUGGUGAUUUCACUACAGCUGUCGCCUUGUACACCGACGCGUUAACUCUUGAUCCUGCAAAUCAUAUUUUAUAUAGUAACAGAUCUGCAGCCAGAUUAAAGCAAGGACAAUUCGCAGCAGCCCUCCAAGAUGCAACUCGAGCGCGGGAGCUUUGUCCGAAUUGGCCAAAGGCUUACUACAGACAGGGUGUGGCUCUACAAUGUCUUGGACGACAUGGCGAGGCCCUGGCUGCAUUCAGCUCUGGCUUGGGAGUGGAACCCACAUCGCGCCAACUCCUCGCAGCGUUGGUGGAAGCCUCUCUUAAGUCACCACUGCGGGUCACCCUCGAACCCACUUUCAGACAACUGGAGGCUAUGAAACUGGAUCAGUCGCCUUUUGUAUUGAUAUCGGUCGUUGGGCAAGAACUACUAGCAGCCGGACAGUACCAGGCGGCUGUAACAGUGCUCGAAGCAGCGUUAAGGAUCGGAUCGUGCUCUCUCAAAUUAAGGGGCUCAGUAUUCAGCGCACUUUCAUCAGCGCACUGGGCGCUCAGUCAACUUGACGCGGCCAUCAACUAUAUGCAACAAGAUCUAGCGGUUGCAAAGUCACUUGGCGACACCGCGGGGGAGUGUCGCGCACAUGGCAAUCUCGGAGCGGCGUACUUCAGCCAAGGCUCGUACAAAGAUGCAUUGACAGCGCAUCGGUACCAGCUCGUAUUAGCAAUGAAGUGCAAGGUAAGUUCUAGAUUUAAAUUUAUUGUUUUUCAAUUUUCUUCUCAACAAAACCAAGAUGAGUCUAAUACUAAGGUAUCAGAAUAA